AUGGAGAAAAUGCGGAAAGAAAUACAAGGAUUGAAAAUUGGCCGCGCAGGAGCAAGGCUAGAAGAAGUACUCCAGGAAGCGACAACAUCUCCGUUGUCAUUUCGCAUUUUGAGGGAACCCAUCCCUGCAAAAUGCUCGGUACCUACGUUUCAGGCGUACAAUGGUACCUCAGAUCCCGCAGCUCACCUACGAUACUUCCCUGCAAGCUUGACGGGAUCAGCAUUGGCGUGGUACGACAACUUACUAGCACACUCAAUUGACUCUUUUGAGCAGUUGUCUAUGGUAUUCUUGGAAACAUGCAUGUAUAACAAAUCUACGAAGGCAGGGUUAGAUAUGCUAUUUGCUUUAGUUAUCGGACCCCGAGAAACAAUGAUGCAAUACACAGACAGAUGGCAAAAGACGUGCCAAGCAAUCAGGAAAGUCAUUCAUGAAAUUAACAUUAAUUUCUAUAAGUACAGACUUGAUAGAACCUCAGCUAUCUUCGUGGAGCUCCACAACCGAGCCCUCGAUUCUAAAGGGGAGCUUCGGGUCAUCCAGGAUCGCUACAUCAGGCUUGAGGAAAUUCAGAAGGACAACCCCAGGGCGCAGACAAAAGCAACAACGACUCCGCAAUGA